AUGUUAGCCAGAUGGGAUGAAAUCUUUCUGAUACUGUCAACAGCAGAAUUCACAAUUGGAAUGUUGGGAAAUGCAUUCAUUGGACUGGUAAACUGCUCUGAAUGGAUCAAGAACCAAAACAUGUCUUUAGUUGACUUCAUCCUCACCUGCUUGGCUAUCUCCAGAAUCAUUCAGCUGCUGGUGUCCUUCUUUCAGUCAUUUGUAAUGGUACUAUCUGUACCUUUCUAUUUCACGUGGAAACUAGCAAAAUUUAUUACUUUGCUAUGGAGAAUGACUAAUCACUUCACUGUCUGGUUUACCACCUGCCUAAGUGUUUUCUACCUUCUUAAAAUAGCUCACUUCUCCCACUCCCUUUUCCUCUGGCUGAAGUGGAGAAUGAACAGAGUGGUUCUUGCAAUUCUUGGAUUUUCUUUGUUCUUUCUAAUGUUUGACUUCCUACUGCUAGAAUCAUUUAAUGAUUUCUACUUAAAAGUCCAUGUGAUGGAUGAAAGUAAUCUGACUUUAUAUAUAAAUGAAAGUAAAUCCUUUUAUUUUAAAACCCUGAUUCUUCUUAGUUUUUCGUAUACCAUUCCUAUUGUCCUGUCCCUGAUUGCACUGGUCCUUUUAUUUCUGUCCUUGGUAAGACACAUCAGGAACUUGCAGCUCAACUCCAUGUACUCCAGCGAUCCCAGCACGCGGGCCCAUAAGAAGGCCAUUAAAAUGGUGAUAUUGUUCCUCCUUCUCUUCACAGUUCAUUUUUUUUCCAUCCUAUUGACAAAUUGGAUGCUUUUUAUAUUUUCGAACAACAGGUUCACAAAGUUUAUCAUGUUGGCCACAUAUGUCUUUCCCUCAGGCCACUCGUUAAUUUUGAUUCUGGGAAGCAGCAAACUGAGACAGACAGCCCUGAAGGUACUGCGGCAUCUUAAAAGAACCUUGAAAAGAGAACACAGUUCAUCGUGUCGGAUAGACUUUCCAGAGUCUUUCUAA